GCCACACUGCCCAACAGCUGAUUUCGGACUGCCUGAAAUAUAUGUAAAUAUUGAACAAUUAACGAAAUGGUGCGCGUUGGUCUCCAGAUUUCCGCCACCCUGGAGAACGUGGACAAAUUGGAGACGUGUCAUCCGGACUACUCCUUCUUCCUGAAACUGAAGUGCAGUAACUGCGGCGAACAGUCGGACAAAUGGCACGACAUCACCGAAUCUGAGCGGGUGCAGCAGGAUUCGCGCAAUGCGGCUGGCUUUAACUUUUUCAUGAAAUGCAAGAUGUGUAGUCGGGAAAACAGCAUUGACAUCGUAGAUAAGUCCAAUGCUCCCUACACGGCGGACGACUCUGGUGGAUUCAAGACCGUCGUGGUUUUCGAGUGCCGCGGCGCAGAGCCCGUGGAUUUUUCACCCCGAACCGGAUGGCGGGUUUCAUCGGCGGAAAAUGGCCAGGAAUUCGAAGAAGUCGAUCUUUCCGAGGACGAUUGGGUGGAGUACGACCAGAAGAACAACAACUCCGUGGGCAUCUACGAGUUUGCCUCCAAGUUUAUCAAACUGAAGAAGUAAAGCUGACCGGCGGUCACUUGAAGCAUUUUA